AUGAGGAAACAACGAAGGCAGCUUCAGAUAAAACGGCUGAAGCCUCAUCGGUUCUGGACAAUCCUGCGGUUGGAGCACUGCUUCUUGGCUGCUUUAAAGCAUCGCGUUACAAAAAAGGGCCAGUUGCCACUGGAUAUUGGUGAAUUCUAUUCACGUUACCUACUUCCCUGUGUUCCGCCCGAUCGGCAUAUUGAUAUGAAGAAAACAAUCUAUAAGAAAUUUGUCGUAUUUCUGGAGAGGAUAAAUGAAAAUGAAAGUGGGCCAAUUGUGAAAAUCGCCAUGAAACAAAAGGGAUCAGAAAUGAUCACUGAGAUAAACUGGGAGCAUCCACUGUUGGUGAAUUUCAAGUUGAGCGAUGAAAUAAUAAUCGAUGACAAAAAAGAAGAAAAGAAGACGGUUGAAGUUGGAGAAUAUUUUGCAGUAACCGGGCCUGUUUUACCAAUUUUUCAAGGUCAUCGCGAAAAGGGCGAUUUGUUGGAUAAAAAACAAGCGAGGAGAAUUAUCACAACUUACGUAAAAAGCAGAAAUGAAUGUGCGGAUGACAGGGUGGUGCCAACUGAUGAAACACUCAAAUCUUUGCUGAAAGCUGAAGAACCUGUGGAUUGGAAUACACUGUUUCAAAAAAUUAUGGCAAAAAUGACGAAAACAUAUGUGAUAACUUUGACUGAUGGCAGGCAGCUGAUACGCAAAAUGGAACUUCCUAAGAUAGUAUUUAAGGUUGAAAAUCGCGCUGGUCACAAGAAAGUGACAACGGUGAACAAUCUAAGCACAUAUGGAAUAGAGUGCAAAAAAUUUUGCCAUGAAAUACAGACAGGCGUAGCGGCAAGCGCUAGCAUUGUGAAUGUUGCGCCGAAUUGUGAAGGCCCACAAGUUUUGGUACAGGGAAAUCAGAUAUCAUUCAUGGCGAAUCUCUUGCUGACGAAGUACGGCAUUGAUAAGAAAUAUAUGAACGGUUUAGAGCUUAUACCGAAAAAGCGAUGA